AUGAAGAUCUCUAUCAUCGCCACCGGGCUCCUUCUCGCCGUCGCAUCCACCGCGGACGCUUGGAGCAUCCAGCUCAAGUCCAGCGGCGGCAAAAAACUCAAAAUGCACGGUAGAGACUUCACGAGCGGGAAGUGCAUCAACCUCAACAAGGCCUUCUCCGCCGAGAGCAUCAGCUUCAAUCACGCGACGAGCUGGGCGCCAGAUCCCAAUGGGGUGUAUUUCUACAGCGGAAGAGGGUGUGAAUACAACAACGCCUGGCUUUCAGACAAGGGGAAGCGGCGCUCUUGGAAGAAAUCCAAAACCAUCCGCGCCUAUCAGAUCACCAAGGGCAGGCCGAGCAAGCGAAGCAUCGACGGGGCGAAUGUGGAUGAUUUUGAAGAUUUUGAAGAUUUUUAA